AUGGAUGAGCAGCAUAUCAAUUUAGAUUAUUCGAGUGAUGACUCAAUGAAAAAUAAGGAUUUCUUGCCUCCGUCACCUCCUUGCCGUGUAUCCUUAAGUUUUAUGAGUUCUACAGAUACUGACGAAGUUGAAAGGUCCGGACAUAAUCAGUUUGGUACAGAAAAGUUACCAGAGUCCAAAGUUGUUGUGGGUGAAGCACGGCUUAAAAAACGAUCACGUAAGCGACAGAGAAAUGAACAAGAGUGGGAGUGUAAUAAACGCAAAGAUGCAAGAAAUAAGGGGUUAGAAUAUGUGUCUGUUCGAAAGAAGCUAAACCCGCCAAAGAAGAUAAGAAAAGGCAAGGAUUGUUUAAAUAAAUGUGUGCUUAAAUGUAGCCAAAAGAUUACUGAUGAUGAAAGGUUAUCAAUUUUUACCGAUUAUUAUAACUUAUCUUCAGAAGAAAAAAGAAUGUUUUUGUUGAAUAACACAAGUUGUUUACAACCUGAUAGGAGGCGCAAAGGCAAAAAUUAUGAAAAUUCGAAGAAAAAAGACAGUUAUCAGUUUUUUUUCAUGGUUAACAGUGUGAAGAUAAAAGUAUGUAAAACUUUUUUCUGUGAUACUUUAGCAAUUAGUCAGAAACCAAUAUAUAAUGUUCACAAGACAAAGAAUAAAGUCUCAAAUACUCCUUCGCCCAGCAAACAAGGUAAGCAUAUAAAAAGAGCCACAUCUGAAGAAGAUAAACUUCUUGUUAAGGAACACAUUAAUUCAUUUCCCCGGAUUCCAUCAUAUUAUUGCAGGAAAGACUCUUCUAGAGAGUAUUUAGAAUGCUAUUUAUCUAUUAAAAAAAUGUAUUUACUCUAUGUUAUUUGGAUUGAAGAAAAGAACAAGCUUCCAGUUAAGGAAGAAGUAUACCGGCGUAUAUUCUGCAAUGAUUUUAAUAUCUAUUUCCAAAAACCAAAAAAAGACAUG